GUACUGUGCCGUGUGCCAAAAAAAAAAAACGUAACAGCCUGUUGGGAACGUUGGUAUAAACGUCCACUAAGCGUAUUCGCCGUCGCCUUUGAAUGCGGACUGCCCGUAAAAAUCAUGUAAUGGAAGAUAAACAAGCGGUUAUAACAGGAGGCAGCAUGGAAACGUAUGUCAUCUUUGAACAGCAAGAAGCCGAAGGUCCUGUCUUCGUCAUCAUGAAAUCCGGAGAAUCCGAACUACUCAGCCCAAAAUUAUCACCUAGUUCCGACACGAUAGAUGUCAAUAAAAACAAAAAUCUAAAUCUGGAAUCAACUAACCAAACUCUUACCACAGUGAAUGAUAGGAUGUAUGUCGCAGGCUAUAGUCCCAGUGCUACAAAUACCCCGUUGCUCCUUUCAUCGACGGUAUCAGGUGAAUUUGCUUACGGCCGUGCAAGUAAGGUUACUGGCUCUUUUGACUGUUCAUCAUCACUUCCUGUAGUAACAUUAUUACAACAAACGCCAUCAAAUACUAACCAGCAUCAGUCAAAAAGUCAACAGCAACAAAUGAAUAUCGAAAAUAAGUUUCCUGGAUCGAUUAGUGUUCUAUCAAUCUCAUCCGACGAAGAAGACAUUAAUACCAAAGAAAUAGCUCAAAGAAUUCUUGCAGAACUAAAAACAUAUGGCAUUACGCAAGCAGUUUUUGCGAAACGUAUUUUAGGCAGAACGCAAGGAACCCUUUCAGCUCUUUUACAAAAUCCAAAACCCUGGUCAAAGUUAGACUUUGGCAAGGAAAUAUUUAGGACGAUGUGGAGAUGGCUACAGAAACCAGAAGGUCAGAAAAUGUCCUUGUCACGAGCACAGGGCAAUAAAACAAGUUGCAAACAAAAAGUCACCUACUGUACGAGCAUUGAGGAACAGAUGCCUACACCCAAGAAACGUCGGUUCAUUUUUACAGACCUACAAAAGCGUGCUCUUCAGGCUAUUUUCAAGGAAACCCAGCGUCCUUCAAAAGAACUACAAGAAACCGCUGCGAUGCAGCUGGGUUUAGAACCAGAGAUCGUCCAAAAUUUCUUCAUGAACGCGCGAAGGCGUAAAUGGAAAAAUGAAGAACGGCAAUCAGCGCCGAUGCGUGAAAUGUCGCCAAAAAUGGAGGAUGAUUCAGGUGAAGACGAACGGCUGAUGGAAUGAGUGUUGAAUGAGCCUAGCUGUCCACAAGUUCACCAACGAAGAAGAUACACAUGGUAGCCUUAUUCCAGUUUAUGAAUGUAUUGUUAUUUUUUCAAAAGUUACCUUCAACUGAAAAAAAAAUAGGUAUAGAUAUUAUUUAUUUGUUGUUCCUGCAAACUUUCUUUCCAAGAGUUUAUUUUGAUAGGUACACACUUACGCUUUUUAUUGUUACGUUACUUAUUGUUUUGUUGAAAUAAUUAGUAUAUUAGUAUGUUUGAUUUAGGAUAGGAUUUAUUCUAGUGAAAAUAGGGUCGUCUUGAUAAUAAUUAUUAUUACUUUUCACUUCUCAUAUGUUGAUUUAGUUAGUAGUGUUAGUUCAGUUUAUGAAUGUAUUAAUAUUUUAUUGAAAGUUCUUCAGUUGAAAAAAAAAAAGUAUAGGUAGGUAUAUAGUAUUUCUUUGUUGUCCAUGCAAACUUUAUUUCCAAGAAAUUUAUUUUGAUAGGUACCGAAUUAGGCUUUUUUUAUUGUUAC